AUCUCGCGUCAUAAUGAAUUAUAACAUCUGGUACAAAUCCGACCAAGAUGGGCCGUUCUCGUAUAAUUAUGCAUCAGUUGGAUACUUAAUUGCGGAAGAGGCUGAAGAAUUGCCAGCAGGCUUUGUGAAGGAUGAUGGCGACUAUGAUCCCUUUAUCAACAGGCAGAUCAAGAAACCCAAUUCGAACUUCGGAACCUUGAUCCAUCUGGUGAAAGGCUCCCUCGGGACCGGAAUCAUGGCAAUACCGUUGGCGUUCAAAAAUGGCGGCCUUUUCUUCGGAGCGAUUGGCAUUAUUGCUGUAUGCUUCCUGUACGUCCACUGUGUAGAUCUUCUGGUGGGAACAGCUCACAAGGCAUGUAAACGGUACCGAGUUCCUACAUUGGGAUUUGCAGAAACAGCUGACAUUGUUUUGGUCAAUGGCCCAUCAACGGUGCGUCGGUUUGCCAGCUUUGCUAGGAACUACAUCGACGGCAUGCUGGUGUUUCACAGCCUCCUCAUAUUUUGUCUGUUCCAAAUCUUCAUCGCCACCUCGCUGCGUGACGUAAUCAACAAUCAGCUGCAGAUAGCGUGGAGCACCGGAGUGUACGUCGCCAUCGUCACCGUCCUGAUUGCGCUUAUCAUCCAGAUACGCGUGCUCAAAUAUCUGGUUCCAUUUUCGGCACUGUCCAACGCUCUGAUGAUAAUUGCUUUCGGAAUAACCCUGUCGUUCCUGGUGAAUGAACCGGUUUCGCUAGAUAAUCGUAAUUUAUGGCCCGAAUGGAACCGACUGCCAUUUUUCAUAAGUACCAUAUUGUUUGCAAUUCAAGGAAUUCGAUUCGUUUUACCUAUCGAGAACAAAAUGAAGCACCCACAGAAUUUCCUAGGAACCUGCGGUGUAGUUUCUCAAGCGAUAGCAUUCCUGUCGAUUCUGUACAUUGCUACCGGAUUCUUCGGAUACGCUCGCUACGGAGAUGACACCAAGGCUUCUAUAACCUUAAAUCUUCCAAGCGAUAGCAGACUCGCUGAGUUCACACGAUUGCUGGCAGCUUUGUCGGCCCUCUUCCAAAUGGGGCUGGGAUUUUACGUUCCGAUGGAAAUUAUAUGGCGCCGGAUUGAGACGAAAAUUCCGGAAGAUCAUCACAAUGUGGCCCAAAUUGCCAUCCGCUUCGGGCUGAUGACGAUCCUGACCGCGAUUUCGGUGGGCGUUCCUGAUCUGCAGCUUUUCGUUGGGCUGGUUGGAUCGUUCUGUUCCAGUAAUCUGGUGUUGCUCGUACCGGUCCUGGUGGAUACGGUAUUUAGGUGGCCCAACGAUUACGGACCGUGUGGCUGGAUAAUACUUAAAAAUGUGAUACUGGCGGUAUUUGGGGUUCUGCUGCUGGUUUUCGGGACAUACUCUAGCAUACGACGCAUUAUCAAGACAUAUGAAUAAAACUUGAGUCUUGCAGGAGUUAUUUCGCAAACGGAUAGGAA